AUGUGGAGUAACAUCAUUCAGAGGAUAAUCUUCCUUUCUCUUACUGGACCUGGAAUUGUGGGCAACAUCCUUGUAUUUGUGAGACAUGUGUACACUUUUUUCACAGGUCCUGACAAAAAGCCUAUAGACCUCAUCCUCAUCCACUUGACUUUUUCUAAUGGGAUCAUUAUCUGUAGCACAGUUAUCAGAGACAUAGCCAUACUUUUCCCUUUCAGAAGCUUUAUAGGCAAUACAGGUUGUAAACUUUUGAUUUAUCUGGGAAGAGUGGCUCGAGGCCUUUCCAUCUGCACCACCUGUUUCCUCAGUGUGGUCCAGGCCAUCACCAUCAGUCCCAGGACCACCCAGUGGAGAAAGCUCAAACCACAGACGGCAUGGCAAGUUCUUCCCUAUCUCCUCUUCUUCUGGAUCUUUAAUUCUCUGGUGAGUUUUAACUUGCUCCACUAUAUCAAAGCAGCCAGUAGCACAAACAGAUCUGGAAUUAAAAGGCAUGCUCUGUAUUGUUAUAUGCUACCAUCUACGCAAAUAGUUAGGUGGCUUUUCCUCUCCCUCAUGGCUCUUCGGGAUGUGAUCUUUCAGAGUCUCAUGGCCUGCAGCAGUGGCUACAUGGCUUUCUAUCUGUAUAAACAUCACAAGCGAGUCUUCUACCUUCAUAGCUCCAGGUUGGCUAACAAUUCCAGUCCAGAAAUCAGAGCUACUCUAAGUACUCUCAUUCUCAUGACCUGUUUUCUGGUUUUUUAUUGGGCUGAUUUCCUUUUGUCUUUUUAUAUAGGUUCCACUAUUACAAAUGACUUCAAAAUACUAAAUAUCAAAAUCAUUCUAGUACUUGGUUAUGCCAGUUUCAGCCCCUUAGUCUUGAUCCUUAGAGAUAGUCAUGCUGCUAAAUAUUCAGACUCUCACUAG